UGCAAACAGUGAGCAGAGUCAGUUGGGUAUAGCUCUAUCAAACAGAAAAACCCUCACUUUCUAAAACCCUUCUUCUCCGGCUGCAUCAUUAAGCAAACUACAGGUAAUUUCAACUCUCUCUGAAACCCUAAUUUUGUAAAGGAAGGAAGAAAUGGAAGGGAGAAUGGGCAGUACGUGGCGAAUGAGUGUGAAUGAGAAGAAAUUUAUUGAGACAGCUUUGGAAUCCGACUUGAGAAUCGACGGUCGUAAUUCGCACGAGUAUCGUAAAUUAACCAUAAAGUUUGGCAGAGAAGAUGGAUCAUCUGAGGUGCAGCUAGGUCAGACUCAUGUGAUGGGUUUUGUGACAGGUCAACUAGUUCAUCCUUAUAAAGAUCGACCAAAUGAAGGGUCACUUUCAAUUUUUACAGAGUUUUCUCCAAUGGCCGAUCCUUCAUUUGAGUCAGGCCGUCCAGGAGAAUCUGCUGUCGAGUUGGGUCGUAUAAUAGAUCGCGGUCUUAGGGAAAGUAGGGCAGUCGAUACGGAAUCACUUUGCGUUCUUGCUGGAAAGUUAGUUUGGGCCAUUCGAAUUGAUCUUCACAUCUUAGAUAAUGGCGGAAAUCUAGUUGAUGCGGCCAAUGUUGCUGCUUUAGCUGCUCUCUUGACAUUUCGAAGACCAGAAUGCACAUUAGGAGGAGAGGAUGGUCAACAAGUGACAGUGCAUCCACCUGAGGUAAAAGAACCUCUUCCUUUGAUAGUACACCAUCUCCCUAUAGCAGUAACGUUUGCAUUUUUCAGCAGUGAGCACAUCAUGGUAGUAGAUCCGACCCACAAUGAAGAGGCUGUAAUGAAGGGACGAAUGACUAUUACAGUGAAUGCAAAUGGUGAUAUCUGUGCAAUUCAGAAAGCCGGAGGUGAGGGUGUGAUGCAAAGUCGUAUAAUGCAUUGCUUACGACUUGCAUCUAGGAAUGCUGAGUCUAUAACUAAGAAGAUAAAAGAUGCAGUUGAAGCAUCUAACACAGAGAGAGCCCAACGGAAGAUCAAGCGCCAUUCUACUUCUGUUGCUGUUGAUGUAAGGAUACCUGUUGGUAACGAAAUGGAGCUUGACACUAAACCUUUUAUCCGGAAAGUAAGUAGCGAGUUGGCUGGAAACCAGGUGGAGAGAUUGAAGCUGGCAUCGGAAGAAAGCAGCGUCAGUCAAAGUAAUGGCAAUGAUGGUGGACUCAGGUCAUCAGAACAAAGUGUAACUAGUUACAGAGAAGGAAAUGCUGGAAAUUUCCUUGGACAAUCCUCUCGAUGGGAUCCUCACCCAAAGGGUGCUGAUUUGGAUUUGCUGAAAGCUUCUCUAGCCUCAUGCGGAGUUUCAGCCCCGAGCAAACAAAAGGUAAGUGAGCAAAAGGGCACUCAAGCUGAGGAAGAAAAAACACCUGACGAUACAAAACUGGCUCCUUCAGUUGCUGAUAACUCCGAAACUGUGGCUCAAAUAAGCGGAGAAAAGACUUUGAAAGACGCUGUAAAGCCGAAGAACAGGAGAAGAAAAAGAGCACCAUCCAGCAUGAAUGCUAGCUAGUUGAACUACUGUUGAUGAUGCAAAAGUUCUGUUCGUUUUGAUGUAUGUUAGCUUUAAUCUUUAUAGGAUCAUGAUUCUCACAGUUUUAUCAUAGGUCUUACCAAUGUCAAGUUCAGGGUGGAAAUUGAACCUCUGUCCAAUCUAUACAACAGUUUGUAAUUGAAAAGCUUCAACCAUUACGUCUUUAUCA